AUGGCCGAUAUUGAUUUCAUUGAGACUCCAGCACCCAAACCGUCGGCUUUCGAAGCAGCUGAAGAUUGCGGAAUAUCUCUAACAAAGUCGCCGGCCAUCCAUAAUGCCCCUCUGCCAGCUGACGGUGCUGGCAAUGAGAGCUUCUCUAAUCGCUUGCUGAUCGCCGCCCUCGUGGGAACCCCGACUUUCCUGACGUAUACGCUCGGUGGUGGAAUGAAGACGGCAGUGUUUCUCGGUUUGAUUACGACUGUGCCGGUUUUAGUGGUUUUCUGGACUUGGUCAUCCACUUGUAGCCCUCGCACGAACGACAAGGUCAAGCUGCCGGGCCGGCCGAUAGAGCAAUAUGUCACGUUCAAGAACUCGGCAGACCGCGCGAAAUGGCAAGGCAGAAACCGCAUCCCUCUCCAAACCUUUUGUGAAAUGUACCUCGAUGGUGCGGUGGACUUUAACGGAGAUUGUCUCGACGUCAUGGAAUACCGGCACGACUGGGCACACUUUGGUUUUACCUGGCAACUCUUCAAAUUCAUUCUCUUCACGUUCGCAAGAGACGUUCUGUCCCACACGAAAUCCCAGGAUGAUGAGCAGAUCCGUCCGAACUACGACCGAGGGAACGAUCAUUACUCCUGGUUCCUCGGCCCUCGCAUGAUCUAUACCUCCGGUAUUAUCUCGGACCCGGAACGAGAAGAAACACUCGAAGAAAUGCAGGAUAACAAGAUGGCGAUUGUCUGCGAGAAGCUGGGUCUCAAAGAAGGCGAAAGCAUGCUGGACAUCGGCUGUGGAUGGGGAACGCUAGCGAAAUUCGCGAGUCUCAACUACGGUGCAAAGGUUACCGGUCUCACUAUUGCACGCAACCAGACAGCAUGGGGAAAUGACGCUCUCCAAAGGGCCGGAAUCCCGGAAGCUCAGAGUCGUAUUCUGUGCAUGGAUUACCGCGACAUUCCGCAUAUGCAGUAUGAUAAGAUCACGCAGCUCGAAAUGGGCGAGCAUGUCGGUGUUCGGAAACUGACUACCUUCUUCCGCCAAUGUUAUGAUAUGCUGAAAGAUGAUGGUGCCAUGUAUGUGCAGCUGUCUGGUCUCCGACAGGCAUGGCAGUAUGAGGAUUUUAUUUGGGGCCUGUUCUUGAAUAAGUACAUCUUCCGUGGCGCGGACGCAUCCACUCCUCUUUGGUAUUAUGUGAUGUGCUUGGAACGGGCUGGUUUUGAGAUCAAAGGUGUCGAUACUGUUGGAGUCCACUAUUCCGGAACGCUCUGGAGAUGGUAUCGUAACUGGAUUGGCAACGGCGAGACAAUCAAAGCCAAGUAUGGCCAGCGAUGGUUCAGAAUUUGGGAGCUCUUCCUUGCCUGGUCGGUCAUCGCUUCUCGCCAAGGCAGCGCCACUUGUUUCCAGAUCGUCGUGGUGAAGAAUUUGAACUCGACACACCGCAUCAACGGAGUCAAAUCGCAGUUUGGUCUGUCUGCUGCUCUCGAUUCAAGUAGGAGAGCUGGAAAGUCGAGAUUGGAAAAGUGA